AUGGCAACCGAGACACCAAACACCGUCGCGACGCCGCCUGCCGCCGAGGACAAGAAGGCCCAACAACCCCAAAAGAAGGACGAUGCGUCCAAGAAGGAUGCCCCGGCCGAGGGAGGAGAGAAGAAGCUGUCUGGCGCUGAACUGAAAGCCAAGGCUAAGGCAGAGAAGGCGGCGAGGAGGGCAAAGGCCAAGGAGACACAGGUGGCACCGCCAGCGGGCCAGGGAGCCCAGCAGGGCGGCAGCGGCGAUGCUAAAGGAGGAAAGUCGAAACAGAGACAGGAAGGUCCUCAAGGUGUUGGUGGUUCCGGAGCCAAGGGUGGUCCGGUGGGCAAGACCGUGCCAGCUGCACCGAAGGAGAACAAGCCGAAGGUCCCUGAAUGCUUCAGCCACCUGUCUAUGGCUAAGAGGAUACACAUGACGGAAGCCGACAAGGACGUCCACCCGGCGGUUCUGGCACUGGGCCAGCAAAUGAGCGCGUUCGCUAUUAGCGAUAGCACCACAAGAUUGGAGGCUACUCUGCUUGCGUUUAAGAAGGUCAUCGACUCGUACACGACACCGCCGGGCAACACGUUCUCCCGCCACUUCACAUCACACGUUCUGAACCCGCAAAUUGAAUAUCUCUCGGCUUGUCGGCCCAUGUGCUUCUCCAUGGGUAAUGCUGUGCGGUGGCUUAAGCUCCAAGUCAGCAAGAUUGACAUCGACCUUCCUGACUUUGACGCAAAGAAGCUCCUCUGUGAGUCUGUCGACAACUUUAUCAGAGAGCGAAUCACGCUGGCCGACUUCGUCAUCGUCAAGACGGCCGCCGACAGCAUCGAGGAUGGCGAGGUUGUUCUGACCUAUGCCUAUCACCCGCUUGUUGAGCGCGCCCUCCACCAGGCCCACGCCGACGGCAAGAAUUUCUCCGUAACAGUUGUCGACGACCCAUUCGAGAGCACGGGACGCGAACUUGCGAAGAGUCUGCGGGCCCUUCCCAGAGGCGGCGUUGAGGUCUCAUACUGCCCCGACCUGAGCGCCAUGCGCGCACACUUGCACGAGACAUCGCGUGUGUUGGUCGGUGCCGAGGCCAUGUUUAGCAAUGGUGCCAUGUACGCCAGAGCUGGCACGAGCGAUAUCGCCAUCGCAGCUGCGGAUCAGGGUAUUCGUGUUGUUGCUCUGUCGGAGACGAUCAACUUCACCGAGAGAGUUGCAAUGGACUCGCUCACGUACAACGAGAUUGACCCAGAGCAGAUGACGGAGGAGAGUUUCAGGCUGCUGUUCGACACGACUCGGGACCGACACAUUUCCGUCGUCAUUACGGAACUCGGCAUCACAUCACCUGUAUCUGUGCCGGCGAUUCUGAGAAAGUUAGAGGAGUUGUAA